CCUUGCUUGAUUCUUUAAUUUUGGCUGGUACGGUUCCGUUCUGUUCCGCCUUGGCGCCCUUGGCCGCGGGGGCAAUGUUUUUGUUUUCGUUCUACGUUCAGGUGUUGGGUGGCGACGUAUUAACCGUCGAUAACCAGCUGAAGCAGCUGAAGUUCUCGAGUGGAACGAGGUUGACUGUGCGCAGUGGCAGCCGUUGACAACAAAAACAAUGUAUGCACUCAGCUUCGCCGGAUGAGUCCCGGCGUCGAUCGCGAACCGCCAGAGCCGCCAAAUACCUCUCGUACAUCUCCAAGAACACCAAGAACAGGAGGUAUUCAUAAAGGUCUGAACCACGCGAGGAUCGUCUCGAAGCAUGGUAGCCUCAACAGACGCUUGCCGCCACACGCGAGGAGAAAGCAGGAGGCCCGAAGUUUGAAUGUGAAGUUUUCAGAGGAGGUGCGAAGAGCUGGCCCUCACUUUUUCAAGGCAGCCGCAGAACACUACGAGCCCCGAAUCACUGCCGCGGCUGACUCACGCGGAUGCUGUGCUGCACCCUGCACUGCACAUGGUUCGAAGCACACUUCAGGGGACCAGUGCAUGCCCCUGAUGCAUCGUCGCGGUCCCGGGGAUCAUGGCAUCGAUGAGCUCGCUUUCGCCUUGUCCAAGGUAGCAGCGGAACACUACGGGCAGGCCCGGAGUCACCGCACCGGCUGGCUCACGGGCGUCGUCCUGUACUCUGCACGGCACUGCGUGUGGCUUAACCGGCCAAGCAGAGGGUCACUGCAUGACCUUUAUGAGGCGUCGCUAGCCAUUGUAAGUAUAUUUUGGACGCUCGUGUCAGGGGAUGUACUUUUGUGUUCUACAACAGAACAUGUUUGGUGGCGGUUCAGUCUUGCCAAUUCAGCCAUUUCGAAACAUAAAUUUGUGGCGACUUGGCUUAGGUUUUCUGGCUCGGCCGUCUUUUGCACCAGUGUCUAGGCUCGGCGUAAGCCUCUUUGUUCUUUAUUGUCAAGGCUAGUGUAAUUUCUGCUACGCCGUCGAAGCAACUUCUGCAUGCGAACAAGAUGCAAGACGAAGCUACAUGCUCGUGCACAGUGCAUGACCACAUGUGAAAACUAAUAGAGAGUUUGUUUCGCUGCAAUCGUGCCCAUGCGCACCCACUCGCAACAUGAAGUGAGUUUGUUUCGCCGCCGGCACUCCACACGUGCGUGCGCUCGCUGCGCCCUGAGAAUUAAGUGUGUACCUGAAU